AUUGUCAAUUUGUCAUGUCAUGUCAGUAUAGUGCUGUGAAAUAGUUAUUUUGGAAAACAUUAUGUCAGGGUCAAAAAAAUUGAUAUUGCGUGUGCAGUCAUCAGAGGGUACGAGCCGUGUCGAAGUGCUGGAUACGGAUGUUACGGCAAAACUUUUCGAACGCGUAUAUGAAGCUCUUCAUUUGAAUACUUUUGGAUUCGCAUUACACAAAGAUCGCGCGCACAGAGAGGAGAUUCUAUCCAGCAAGUCUCGUCAGAUCCGUGACUAUGGCUUGCAGCACGGUGAUAUGCUCUACUUGAGUCCAGUUAAUGGAGCUGUACUAUUUGAUCAGCCUUCCACUUCUGAGAUCAAAACAUUACCACCUGUUGAGGCUGGACCAUCAACAUCAUCAAUAUCGUCAGCACAGCCAAGUGUCCUUAGAAAACAAAAUGUUCCUCAAGAAGAUGAAGUCGACCUACAGCUCUAUCAGCUGUCGGGAAAUAUACAGAGGCAGAGGGAUGAAAAAUUAUGUCGUCACAACUCAAAAGGAUGCUGCGUGCAUUGCUCGCCCCUUGAACCGUGGGACGAAAAUUAUCUCAAAGAACAUAAUAUUAAACACAUGUCGUUCCACUCUUAUUUACGGAAAAUGACAUCGGGGAAGUUUAUUUCGCUGGAUGAAUUGUCGUGCAAAAUUAAGCCAGGCUGCAAAGAGCACCCGCCGUGGCCGCGCGGCAUAUGCUCGGCGUGCCAGCCGGGCGCGGUGACGCUGAACCGGCAGCCGUACCGGCACCUGGACAACGUGCUGCUGGAGCACGCGGCGCCCGUGGACCGCUUCCUCGCGUACUGGCGCGCCACGGGCCACCAGCGCAUCGGCUUCCUCUACGGCCAGUACGAGCGGCAUCCGGACGUGCCGCUGGGUAUCCGCGCCCGCGUGGCGGCGAUAUACGAGCCGCCGCAGGAGUGCUCGCGCGACCACGUGGCGCUCGCGCCGGACGACCGCCAGCAGCUGCUGGACCACAUCGCAGCCAGGCUCGGCCUGCGCAGGGUGGGCUGGAUGUUCACCGACCUGAUGCCGCUCGAUCUCGCUGCCGGCACUGUCAAGACUAUCAGGGGGGUGGACACGCACUUCCUGUCGGCGCAGGAGUGCAUAAUGGCGGGCCACUACCAGAACCAGCACCCGAACGCGUGCCGACACGCCUCGUCGGGCUACUUCGGCUCUAAGUUCGUCACUGUGUGUGUUACGGGCGACACCCAAAACCAGAUACACCUGGAGGGCUACCAGGUGUCGGGGCAGUGCGCGGCGCUCGUGCGCGACGACAUCCUCGUGCCCACUCGGGACGCGCCCGACCUGGGCUACAUACGCGAUUGCACGUCCACGCAGUACGUGCCCGACGUCUAUUAUAAGGAACGUGACGCCUAUGGCAACGAGGUAGGCGUGUCCGCCAAGCGGCUGCCGGUGGCGUACCUGCUGGUGGACGUGCCGUGCGGCGUGUCCAACUCCACGCAGCCCACCUUCAGCCCCAGCGCCAGCUUUCCGCCGGCCAACCGUCCUCUGCAGAACCACAUACAGAGCCUCAAGGGGCUACAUGACCACAUACAGAGCUCCCCCUCUUUCUUAGAGGCGAUGUCGGACCUGCACGUGUUGCUGUACCUGGCGACGAACGAGGCGCUGCCGCUGACGGUGGAGCAGCUGGAGCCGCUGCUGCGGGCCGUGCGCGCCCGCGACGCGCCCGCCGCCGACGCGUGGCGCUCCGAGCCGCACGUCGCCACGCUGCUGCACCUCGCCGCCGCCGCCGGCGACGCGCACGAGCCCGCCGCGCACAGCUCCAGCAGCGGCGUGUGGACGUGCCAGCUGUGCACGUUCCACAACGCGGCGCCGCUCGACUCGUGCGAGAUGUGCGCCAUGCCCAGAAACAACGCCAUGUAGACACGGGCGAGGGGCGUAGUGGUUGAUCCUACAGAGGCCGGUCCCGACGCGGACAUAUUUUUGUAUGCAACGCUCCGAGGGCUACCUUCCGAGACGUCUAUAAAAAUAAAUUUUAGUCGCUAGUUGUUACUUUUACAUUUCAUUUAGAGUUUGUACGGUAGAAUGAUUCCAUUUAUUAUUUCGGCGUUGUACCCUCCUCCCGGUUCAGACCAUAAUAGCAUAGACGCAUACAUUGUAAAUAAUCUUAUUGUACGUAAAUCAAAUUUUAGUUGGAAUCCGUUUCGGUUUUGAAAGAGGAAUGCGUGGUUGGUUGACUAUUUUGUUUUGUGUAAAUUGUACUUUGCAAGGGAUUAUAUACAAGGCACUUAAUUUUCUCAUAGUUACUAUAUGUUAAGUAUGAUUAUAUUUUCGUCAUAUCACAAUAGGAUGCUGUUACUCAACUUUUGAUUUUGAUACAUUUGCACUUUAUCAACAGUGAUAGUGUUGGUUUCGCGUGUUACACAUUUGAAAAAUAAAUUUUUAGCUUCUUAACUCUUUUCCUUUUUUCUUUAAAAAGUAUGCAAGAUAUUUAUUUGAAAAUCUCUUUGGUGGUUCAUUCUUACUCGUGUCAAUUUUAAUGAAAUUCUAAAUUUAUUGUUCACUUAUUCAACGUAAGAAAAUAAACACAACAUCGAUUUAAGUGUUUCCUAAACCUUAUUUAUAACCGAAUUCUCAAAACUCUUACACGCUCCAUAUUGUUAAUGGUUACGAUGUAUCUUUUAACAGUCCCUACUCAAUAUUAUAUGGAAAAGACUAAACUUAGUAUACGUUAUUUCUUUAUAAAAAGAUCUAAAAUUGUUGGUGAAGUGCAGAUGCUGUAGUGUGGAUGUGUGUUGUCCGAUAGACACAUACGUUUAUUUAUGAUAUUUAUGUGGGCCGGCGAACCGCAGGCUGACUUUUUAUAUGAGAGAACUGGUAAAUACAGUGUGCUGCGUACACAGA